UAUGGAUUCAAGUCAAUCCUUUUUCAACUCAAAUUCAUCUUUUACUCCUUCUUCCCCUUAAAAAACUAGGUAUUUAUGCUUUUUUUAUUCAAGACCUCUUCCAAGUCCUUCCCUAGAUAGUCUAGAAGAUUUCAGUUUAAACGACAUAUAGUCUGAAGGAGAAAGCUCAAGGAAGUCCUCAGGCUAGAGGUUUGACAAACCUGUUUUAGUAAUUGAGUAUUUAGUAGAAAAACUCAAAGACUAUGAAUGAGCUUAAUUGGAAUAAAUAAACUUCAGAACAAACAAGGAAAGAAAAACAAAAUAAUCACUAAUAUGUAUUAAUAAUUUUUUUUUCUUUUCAUUCUCAUAAUAAAUUAAUGAGUUGAAGUUCCUUUCUAAUAAAAUGAACUGGAAUCUUCAGUCUAAAAAUAAAAAUAAAAAUAAUUGUAAUAGUAAUUGUAUUAAUUCAUUUUUUUUAUUUUUUACACUUAAUUUUGCAUAGGCUCAAGAGCUCAAGGUAUACCUGAAUGAAAAAUUGAUAAAAUAUUUAAUGUCCCUCUUUGGAAUUGAGCCAAAUAGAAUGUUUAUAAAAUAUUUUAUAAAUAAAUAUUUAAUUCUCAAUUAUUCAUUAUUUUUGAUUAUUUGA